AUGUUCUGUCGCUCAUGCCGGCCGUUACUAUGCUCGUUGCCAUUGAGGACUUUUUCCACAGCAGCCGCAAGUUCGAGCCGGCCGUCUGAGGCACCUUUUCGCAUGGCCGUCGUGGGAUCUGGCCCCGCUGGCUUCUAUACGGCUUACAGGGUCAUGACAAAACUCCCAGAUGCUCAUGUUGAUAUGUACGAGGCGCUGCCGGUUCCGUUUGGUCUGGUUCGCCAUGGUGUUGCUCCUGAUCAUCCUGAGGUAAAGAACUGUCAAGAAAAGUUCGAGGAUGUUGCAUCAUCCCCGAGGUUCAGGUUCAUAGGGAAUGUCUCUGUGGGUCUUUGCAGCCGCGCUAAAGAGCAAGGAAUGGUGAGAUUAAGAUCGUUGAUGCAGCACUAUGAUGCCGUACUACUGGCGUAUGGAGCGUCAGAAGAUAAAAGACUUGAUAUUCCCGGGGAGUCGACUUUAAAUGGCAUAUAUUCAGCACGCCAGUUUGUGGGCUGGUACAAUGGCCUGCCGGAAUGUUCCAGUCUCGAUCCUGCACUUGUAAAUGCGCAAGAGGCUGUCAUCAUUGGUCAGGGCAAUGUUGCUCUCGAUGUGGCUAGGAUUCUAUUGGAAGAUAUAAAUGUCCUUAGAAACACCGAUAUCACCGAGCAUGCUCUUGCAAUCUUGUCUCGAAGUAGGAUAAAAAGAGUACACGUUGUCGGCAGAAGGGGACCAGUGCAGGCCGCUUUUACUAUAAAGGAAGUUCGUGAGCUCAUGAAAUUGGCUAGCGUGGCAUUUCACCCUGUCGAUCGAUCUUUGAUACCGGUUGAUCUGAAAUCGCUGCCACGAGCAUCCAAGCGUUUGAUGGAGGUCAUCCUGAAAGGAUCAGAAGCUCUCGUGGAGAGUGCACCUAAAUCAUGGUCUCUUGACAACUGCCUGGCUCCUAGUCGUUUUUUGGGAGGCAUUCAAUCUCCAGAGGACGUAGCAGGCACCGAGUUCAACGUCAUGAAAUUAACUGACGCAUUUAACCCUUUGUCUAAGACAAUGGCAACAGGCCAGACAUUACAACUGCCCUCUGAUGUCGUCUUUCGGUCGGUGGGAUAUAAGUCUGUUGCCCUCCCUGAGUUUGCUGCCAUGGGAAUUCAGUUCGAUGAGUCUCGAGGUGUAGUCAAUAACGACGGUCUCGGUCGGGCAACACAGGUGUUGGCCAUUGACCAGCAGACUUCCACCUGCCAACAAGUUCCUGGUGUGUAUUGUGCAGGGUGGGUCAAAAGGGGUCCGACUGGGGUUAUUGCUUCAACCAUGCAGGAUGCCUUCAUCACUGCAGAGGCGAUAGUACAGGAUUGGAUUUCCGGUGCAGAGUUUCUAAGACCAAAGGGUGAUACACCUGCACAGGGCUGGAAUGGCGUACGGCAAGACGAGGGUUCCCAUACAGAACGCUCAGUGUCGUGGGACCAGUGGUUGCAAAUAGACAGAGCCGAAAAACAGGGCGGCAAGGAGCUUGGAAAGGAACGGGAAAAGUUUACAAACACCCGAGACAUGCUCGCUGUAAUUCAGUGA